AAUCGAAGCUCACCCAAAGGAGCCCACUUAUGAUGUUAUUGACAUAUGAAACAAAGCAGGAAAGACGGAAGAAAUCCGCUCUUGAUUUUUGUUGAGUGUGUAUUAUGACCUGCCGGCAGCGUAGCGAAGCUGCUCCUGCCGGGAAAGAAGGAAGAGGAGACGCGCAGAAGGGUGUCAACGGGGGGAUUAAACUCCGAAGGUGGGAGAAAUCACAGACUAAUAUUCUUAUAAACUCGUAAGGAUGGCUGCUAAAUCGGACGGGGUCCUGAAAAUGAAGAAGAGCGACGUGGCCUUUACCCCCCUCCAGAACUCUGAGCACUCCGGCUCGGUUCAAGGGCUCCACCCGGGCUGCCAGCCCGGCUCAGCGUGCACCGGGGACGGUGACUUCGCAAACGGAGAGUCGCGAUGCUGCGGCGGAGGCGGCGCCCACUCGGCGUGCAUUCGUUCGGGCGUGGAGCGACAGAAAUACUCUGUGUGGGACUGCCUGUGGAUCGUUGCCGCAGUGGCCGUGUAUGUGGCCGACGUGGGCACUGACGUCUGGCUGUCGGUCGACUACUACCUUCACCAAGACUACUGGUGGUUCGCCCUGACACUGGUUUUCGUCGUACUGGGUUCUUUCUCAGUGCAGCUCUUUAGCUUCCGAUGGUUCAUUCACGACUUCAGCACCGAGGACGCAUCGGAAUCCGCCGGCGACUGCUCGCACAUGGACGCUAAUAAGCUGCUGACUGGAUCGGCCUCACACGGCGAUGUGAGCGCUCAGCAUCCCCCGACCACGCCACAGAGACAGGCGUCGACCACGAGCAAGAACACAACGAGCAACAGCACCAGUAGUACUGCGAUGGGCAGCCGGACUCGGAAACGCUCGGCCUCCUACUCCUUCUGUAUGUGGUUCUCCCAGUCCCUCAUCCACAUCCUCCAGCUGGGCCAAAUAUGGAGGUACAUCCAUACCAUAUAUCUGGGCUUUCGGAGUCGACAGAGUGCUGAGAAAGACCGGUGGCGUUACCACUGGAGGAUGAUCUAUGAGUUUGCAGACCUGAGCAUGCUGCAUCUCCUGGCCACCUUUCUUGAGAGUGCUCCACAGCUGGUGCUGCAAUUGUGCAUCAUCAUACAGACGCACAAACUUCAGGCUGUACAAGGUAUGACUGCAGCAGCCUCCCUCAUCUCCCUGGCUUGGGCGCUGGCCUCCUAUCAGAAGGCCCUACGAGAUUCUCGUGAGGAUAAGAAACCCAUCACCUACCUAGCUGUUAUCAUCCAAUUCUGCUGGCACUUCUUCACUAUCGCAGCAAGGGUCAUCACCUUUGCCCUAUUUGCAUCUGUGUUCCAACUCUACUUUGGCAUCUUUAUCGUGCUGCAUUGGUGCAGCAUGACCUUUUGGAUUGUCCACUGUGAGACAGACUUCUGCAUUAGCAAGUGGGAAGAGAUUGUGUUUGACAUGGUGGUGGGCAUUAUUUACAUCUUUUCCUGGUUCAAUGUGAAGGAGGGACGGACAAGGUGUCGUCUUUUCAUCUACUACCUGGUAAUAUUGAUGGAGAAUGCAGCUCUCAGUGCAUUGUGGUAUAUCUACCGCACACCUCACCCCACUGACUCCUUUGCUGUGCCAGCACUCUGCGUCAUCUUCAGUAGUUUCCUCACAGGGGUGGUUUUCUUGCUCAUGUACUAUGCUUUUUUCCAUCCUAACGGCCCACGUUUUGGACACUCGCCAAGCUGCCAGCGCCUUGACCUGGAUGCCACUGCUCAAUUCUCAACCCUACCAUCUGAGGCUGGCACCAAUUCCCUGCAGUCCAACCGGGGAGCCACUACAACACUGGAACGUGACGCUGCAAAAUACGCAGAAAGGGAUGGGUGCAUGCCAGUGUUUCAGGUGCGACACACCGUGCCAUCCACUCCAUUGUCUCGUGUUCCACGUCUUGAUGAGACCGUCAUCAAGAUUGAUCUUUGUAGGAAUCGCUACCCGGCCUGGGAGCGCCACGUUCUUGACCGUAGUAUACGGAAGGCCAUUUUGGCUAUAGACUGCUCCCUUACUCCUCCACGGCUGCAGUAUAAAGAUGAUGCCCUGGUACAAGAAAGACUGGAGUAUGAAACGACAUUAUAGUGCGCUCAUCACUCCACUCAGCAGCGAGAAUGGGCACAACAGACUGUGGCAAUAAUCUUACUACCAGUUUCAUCUUCCCCACUUCGUUCUUUGUUAAUGCAGUGACCCUCCAAGGAGAGUUUUGCCCUGCUGGCAUUGACCAGAGGAGAGGUGAAGCUUCUUCACUUAGUCCUAAGGGUCUUAUGUCUUUCAUUUUUUUGUCAUCAUAUUUUAC